CCCCGGCCGGUUAACUGGUGGCUGGAGCGCGGGCGCGCAGUCCUCGGAGCAGCAACAGCGGUGUGGGCAGCGGUGCAGGAGCCCGCGGUCAUGGCCACCGUGCGGGAGAAGGCGGCGGCGCUGAACCUGUCGGCUCUGCACAGCCCCGCGCACAAACCUCCGGGUUUCAGUGUGGCCCAGAAGCCAUUUGGAGCCACGUAUGUAUGGAGCAGCAUUAUAAACACCCUUCAGACUCAAGUGGAAGUGAAGAAGCGGAGGCAUCACCUGAAACGGCACAACGAUUGCUUUGUCGGCUCUGAAGCCGUUGAUGUCAUUUACUCUCACUUAAUUCAGAAUAAGUACUUUGGUGAUGUUGAUAUUCCACGGGCCAAAGUAGUGAGAGUGUGUCAGGCACUUAUGGACUAUAAAGUAUUUGAGGCAGUUCCAACCAAAGUGUUUGGAAAAGACAAAAAGCCUACAUUUGAAGAUAGUAGUUGUAGCCUUUACAGAUUCACAACAAUACCUAACCAAGACAGUCAACUUGGCAAAGAAAACAAAAUACAUUCACCUUCUGGGUACUCAGAUGCAUUAUUUAAGUCAUCUGAUAUCAAGUCGGACAGUCUGGAGGAUCUAUGGGAAAAUCUGAGUUUAAAGCCUGCCAACUCCCCUCGUGUAAAUAUCUCUGUCACCUUGCCUCCACAAGUUAUUAAUGAAGUAUGGCAAGAAGAGACAAUUGCACGUCUACUACAACUUGUAGAUCUUCCAUUUCUUGACUCCUUACUCAAACAGCAAGAGGUUUUACCUAAACUUCCUCAACCUAAGAGGCAGCCUGACAUGGUCAACACCAGUAACUAUCUGGAUCGAGGAAUUCUCAAGGCUUAUGGUGACUCUCAGGAAGAUGAAUGGCUCUCUGCCGCGAUUGACUGCUUGGAAUAUCUUCCUGACCAGAUGGUGGUGGACAUAAGCAGAAAUUUUCCUGAGCAGCCAGAUAGAACAGACUUAGUGAAGGAACUUCUGUUUGAUGCUAUUGGCAAAUAUUAUAGUACAAGGGAACCUCUAUUAAAUCACUUAUGUGAUGUUCAUAAUGGAAUUGCAGAACUCCUAGUAAAUGGGAAGACUGAAAUAGCAUUAGAAGCUACUCAGCUAUUUCUGAAGCUUCUGAAUUCCCAAAAUAAAGAAGAAUUUAGAAGACUACUUUAUUUUAUGGCUGUUGCAGCACAUCCUUCUGAAUUUAAAUUACAGAAAGAAAGUGACAAUCGGAUGGUUGUGAGAAGGGUAUUCUCAAAAGCUAUUGUCAACAAUAAAAAUUUAUCCAAAGGCAAAACUGAUCUCCUGGUACUCUUCUUAAUGGAUCACCAAAAAGAUGUUUUCAAGAUUCCUGGAACGCUACAUAAAAUUGUUAGUAUUAAACUUAUGGCCAUACAGAAGGGAAGAGAUCCAAAUAAAGAUGCAGGCUAUAUUUAUUGCCAGAGAAUUGAUCAAAGCGACUAUUCCAGCAGUACCCAGAAGACAACCAAGGAUGAACUGUUGACCUUACUAAAGACCAUCGAUGAGGAUUCAAAGCUGUCUGUCAAAGAGAAGAAGAAAUUGCUAGAUCAGUUCUAUAAGUGUCAUCCUGACAUCUUUCUUGAGUAUUUUGGAGACUGAGUUUCUAAUGUCUGUACGUAUACUUUGUAUAAUUUAAGGACAAAUUAUGUAUCCUAAAGAUAUUUGUAAACUUGAAAAUUCUAAAUGUAAAAUAGUACUUAAUAAAAAAUGUUUUUUUAUA